UUUUUAUUUCGUCUGGCAACACGUUUAAAGAUUAUACUGCAGGGAAGCGUGGUACCAUGCAAAAGUCUGGAAGGCAUUCCUAGUUGCUGUACACAGUCCUUUUAUAUUGAUGGCUUCAAAUCAAGAAGUUUCAGAUGACCAGGGUUUACGGCGGACGUUAUUGGUAGACAAGCAUGCCGCGUACAUCAAGUCUUUUUCCAGGCUGUGGGAGAACCCCGACAAACUGGAAUUCGUCGCCACGGAACACUUUUGGAUGAGCGGAAUGUAUUGGGGCCUGUCAGCCAUGUACCUCACGGGCCGGCUGGACGAGAUGGAUAAAGACGCUAUCGUAUCGUGGGUGCUGCGUUGCCAACACCCCUGCGGUGGCUUUGGCGGCAGCGAGCGCAACGACCCCCACAUGCUCUAUACACUCAGCGCCGUACAGAUCCUCGCGCUGUACGACAAAGUGGAUGAGCUGGACGCUGACAAGGUGGCUUCCUACGUGGCGGGUCUGCAGCAGCCCGAUGGGUCGUUUGCGGGUGAUGCCUGGGGCGAGAUCGACACAAGGUUCACGUACUGCGCCCUGUUGUGUCUCUCCAUCCUGGGCCGUACCUCGUUGAUCAACAUGCCGGCCGCGCUGGACUUCAUAGCGCGCUGCAAGAACUUUGACGGGGGGUUUGGCUGCACGCCAGGCAACGAGUCCCACGCGGGCCAGGUGUUCACGUGCAUUGGGGCGCUAUCUCUGGCGGACGCCCUUCAUCUUGUGGACCGGGACUUGUUCUGCUGGUGGCUCUGCGAACGCCAGACCAAGACCGGCGGGCUGAACGGACGACCCGAGAAGCUGCAGGAUGUUUGCUACUCCUGGUGGUGUCUCUCCUGCCUGAGCAUCCUGGGUCGCCUGCACUGGAUUGAUCGGGACGCCUUGACUCGUUUUAUCUUGGACUGCCAAGACGAGGAGGACGGCGGCAUUAGCGACCGCCCCGACGACAUGGCAGACAUAUACCACACCUUUUUCGGCAUCGCUGGUCUAUCGCUGAUGGGUUACCCCGGCCUGGCGCCAAUCGAUCCCACUUGGGCGCUGCCGGUGGAGGUCGUGGAGCGGAUCAAGAAGCGGACGCCUUGGCCCGGUCAUCGCCUGUGCAGUUGA